ACCCAAAGGUAGAAGAAGAAGGCUUAGCAGUAGCAUGAGUAUAAAGUAAACUGAGGAGGCAAACACAACAAGAGAAGAGAUCAAAUCGUGUGCAGCAAUGCCUCACCGUAACAACACUGAGCCACCACUACCCUUAGUGGUUACCCUAAACUGCGUCGAAGAUUGCUCCCUCGAGCUCGAAUCCCUCACCGGCGUCGCCGCCGUCGAGCACGUCCCUCUCAGCCGUCUCUCCGAUGGCAAGAUCGAGUCCGCCGCCGCUGUCCUCCUCCACUCCCUCGCCUACCUUCCACGCGCCGCCCAGCGCCGUCUCCGCCCUUACCACCUCGUCCUCUGCCUCGGCUCCUCCGACCGCGCCGUCGACUCUUCCCUCGCUGCUGACCUCGGCCUCCGCCUCGUUCACGUCGACACCUCACGCGCCGAUGAGAUCGCUGACACCGUCAUGGCGCUGUUCCUCGGCCUUCUCCGCCGCACGCACCUGCUCUCUCGUCACUCUCUGUCGUCCUCCGGCUGGCUUGGCUCCGUUCAGCCCCUCUGCCGCGGGAUGCGACGGUGUCGCGGCCUCGUGCUUGGGAUCGUCGGUAGAUCUGCUUCCGCUAGGGCUUUGGCCACUCGUAGCUUGGCUUUCAGAAUGAGCGUUCUCUAUUUCGAUGUUCACUCGGGAAGCGGAAAAAUAAACUUCCCUCCAGCAGCCCGAAGAAUGGAUACUCUUAAUGAUUUACUUGCCACGAGUGACCUUAUAUCACUCCAUUGUGCUUUAACAAAUGAAACAAUGCAGCUUCUUAAUGCCGAAAGUCUUCAACAUGUAAAGCCCGGUGCUUUUCUUGUAAACACGGGUAGUACUCAGCUUUUGGAUGAUUGUGCUGUAAAGCAGCUCUUGAUCGAUGGAACCUUAGCUGGCGUUGCUUUGGAUGGUGCAGAAGGGCCCCAAUGGAUGGAAGCAUGGGUUAAGGAGAUGCCUAAUGUGUUGAUACUUCCACGAAGUGCAGAUUACAGUGAAGAGGUCUGGAUGGAGAUAAGGGAGAAAGCUAUAUCGAUAUUACAGACAUUCUUCAUUGAUGGAAUUAUUCCACAGAAUGCCUUGUCUGACAUGGAAGAAGAGAGUGAAGUGGAUGAUGAAAACGAACAAUCCGAUCAACCAUACAAAGAUAAUGCUCUACAGAUUAUUGUUAGAGAGCAAAUGGAUGAUGUUCAUGUAAGUCCUGAAAGCUCCCAAAAGAAAGAAGGUAAUCAAGUGAAAGAGUCUUCAUCCCAGCAUCAGGUGUCAAGUUUGACUCAGAGUACCUCUGCUCGAUCUGAAGGUCGACGAAGCAGAUCAGGUAAAAAGGCCAAAAAGAGGCAUACCCGUCAGAAGUCCCAACUAAAAUCAGAAGAUCCUUCUACACUGGAGAAAGAAGGCACAUCUCGGAGAGAUGAUGCUGCUAUGAGUGGCACUGAUCAAGCUUCCAGCUCCAGUUCUGAAAACUCAAGAAGCAGAAAAACUCCAGUAGAAUAUAUGCAAGAACCAAUUGCCACCCAAGUUCUAAAGUCAGGCACAAGGCUUAAUGGAAACUGUACUGAACUUCUGAGAGAUGGAUAUGUUAUAGCUCUGUAUGCAAAAGACCGUCCAGAACUUCAUGUCUCAAGGCAAAGAGUUAAAGGUGGCGGUUGGAUCCUGGAUUCCUUGUCAAAUGUGUCUAAAAGAGACCCUGCUGCACAGUUUCUCAUCAUCUUCAGAAGCAAGGACACAAUUGGUUUGCGAUCUCUUGCUGCUGGUGGAAAACUAUUGCAGAUCAAUAGAAGAAUGGAGUUUGUGUUUGCUAGUCAUAGCUUUGAUGUUUGGGAAAAUUGGACACUAGAAGGUUCCUUGCAAGAAUGUAGACUGGUGAAUUGCAGAAACCCAUCGGCUGUUUUGAAUGUACGCAUUGAGAUUUUGGCAACUGUUGGCGAAGAUGGAGUUACUCGUUGGAUCGAAUAGAGUAAAAUAUCCAGUAUGUUCUUCAUAGACUUUGUAGAGACUGAUUCCAGGUCUGUAUUACUCAAAAAGGGCGUGCUUGUAAAUCAUUCCUGUCCCAUGACUUAUUGAUCUUUCAAAUGUUUCUUUGUGAACAUGGAGUGUAUUCAUAGUGUAGAUUAUAACUUUGUUUCUUUUGUUUUUUUUUUCUUUCUAUCCAUAUCAUUUAUUGAGGGGCUUUCUUUCAUGAGAUUUCUUUUCAAUGAUGAACUUAGCCAUCAUUUAGCC